AUGCCUGCUACUGACUGGCUCAGCAAGCUCCCUUUGGAGCUCAUUCUGAUGAUCCUCACAUAUCUACCUAUCCAUUCUCUUGUCACCUUUGGUGUCACAUCGAAGAGAAACUAUAGAUACCAUGCACUCUGCAUGCGAAAACUGCAUAUUGGUAUCUUUCAUAAACGAUUGCACUCCACGAUUGCAUUUCUUGACACCGAUUCGAUGCAUGAAUUUACAGAAAGCCACGUUUUUAAAAACAGCACAAAGACGCAAAGCCAUCAAAUACCAGUGGUUCUACCGGAGAGCGCUCUGGGAAUGGAUAUAAUAGGUUGCAGAUCGCGACCACGAGCUCGUUCUCAUGUCUAUCGAGCGGUCGAGUCUAGACCGGGAAAACGGCUCUAUGCUGAGCUGCUGAAUGACAAAGGCAUUAGGUUUCUGUCAUCUGCCGAGCAAACCAUACAUGCACAGAAUGAACAGUUCGCCCAGAUCAUUAGUAGGUACGGAAUAUCGCUAUUAGAGUUGGAAUUCAUGGCGUAUGAUAUCAACGACGAAGGCGCCAUCGCUCUGAGUGCAUGCUGUGGCCCGAGGCUACGACAUCUGGGCCUUCGCUUUGAGCAUCCACACGUGAGAGAUAGUAUGCUUAGUCGAAAUUAUUGGACGAAGCCCGCGCCUGGUAGCCCAGCAUGGAACGCACUUAUUGGGAUCGGUCCGAUUGGAAAAGGAAUUGGUAUGGAUAAUCUGGAAAGCCUGGUGUUGGAACGGGCCGGCAUCACACCCUGGCAGCUGCAGAUGCUUGUAAAGCGAAACGAGAAGCUGAGAGUUCUAAAGUUGCGGACUUGUGCUGCUGCUCAACCAGAGUUUGUGAACUGGCUGGGAGGUAUCGAUGUUUCCGAAUGUGAAGAGGAGAGCCCCCGAGAGAACAGUGAACCAGCCCCUGGGGCGUUGCUGAGAACUCUAUGGAUAGAAAACUGUGACAGCAUUCGCUCGGUUCACCUUUGUUCUGGUGAAGAUGAGGAAGGUAGCGUGGACUUUAGCUUAGAAUGGGUUAGUGGACUCACAGGGCUGCAAUCACUCUCUCUGCGUGAGUGCCGGAAUAUUGAUCCUCAAGUUGUUGAAAGAGCGAAUGCGAGGCUCUGGCAUAUUCCCGAGGUACACCUGCCUCGACCAAUUGACUUCCGCCAUUCGCUGGAGGUCUCCAUUGAAGUCGACCCUGAUUAUGCCUAG